CGGUGUGGCUGCGGGCUGCUCCUGGCCCUGCGCGCCGCCGGACGGCCUGGCCCGGGCGCUCUGCCUGCGGCGGGACGGGGCCGGCAGCGAGGCCAGCACCGAGGCCGUUGUGGUGGAGCGGCCGCCGGACGGCGGGAGCCAGACGCCCUGCGUGCUGCACCUGGAGUGCCGGCCCGCUGGCGCCGAGGAGAUGGUCUCUGUCGCUGUCCUAAGCGAGGCCCGGAACAUGGAGGUGUACGUGGGCGAGGAGUACUGCGGGACCGGCCGGGGCGAGAGCCUGGGAGACGCCUGCUGCCCGGGUGAAACUGACAAGGUUACUUUAUACAAAAAAUACCUGAAGUUUGAGUGCCCUGCAGCUUCCUGCAGAAUUAAGCUGCUCUCCAUUGGUGAGAAACAAAGAGUACUCAUCACUAAAAUAAUUGUAGAAGUGAAAACAGUGUCUGCAAAACUAGCAACUGAUUUUCCUUCACUAGGCUCAAGCAUAGAUCUAGACAGAGUGCAAACAAUAAUGGACUCUAUGGGAUCUAAGUUGUCUCCAGGUGCUCAGCAACUCAUGGACAUGGUCCGAUGUCAGCAGAAAAACAAUUUACCUCUUGGAGAUAAACUUAAUUGGAUCUUUGGGAAAAACUCAGACUUUGGAGGUGACCAUGCAAUAGAUGGAUUGUGCAGUGCAGCUAUUCAGGCAUCACUAUGUCAACUGGCCAGUGAACCUUUGCCUGUUAAAAAUGAUUUAGCAAGUGAAACACUAAAUGAAGACUUAAAAAUAAGUCAUGAUCUGAACACAGAGGCACUGGAAAGAGGGAAUACUUCUCAUUCUGAAAGACUGACCACCCAGCAAAACACAUUUGACCUCAGAGAAGAUUUUAAAGUCAUGGGAUCUUUGCAUACACAGGAACAAGCAAGUGAAAUGCCAAGUGUAGCUAAUCCACAGGUGCUUCUUCCCUUUCUCCAGAACUUAUGUAGUCGGGUCAAUCAUCUUCGGCUAAAAGAGGGUGACAGGCGUUUUGCUAAACAUGUGGUGGCUCAAGAGGAAGGCAUUCAGGCUGUUGGGGUAGAACAACAACGUAUUUGUACCUAUUUGGAAAAGAUCAUCUCAAAAAAUAUGGACCUGAUGGAGAAAAAACUGAUGGACUAUAUUGAUUGCCAAAUCCAGGCUCUUCAGACACAUAUAGAUAAUAAAAUGGUUCUCUUAAUGGACUUGGUUCAGAACUCAAAGCCAAACAAAAUUUCCCAAACACACUAUGGCUCUAACGAAGGGCUCUCUAAUGGAGAGAGAUAGAUGUAUAUAGAUAUAGGACUCCAGUGUAAGUACUUCAAGGGCAACUACACUUUACAAAGCUGAGUACUUGUGGAGUUAUAACUGUAAAGAACCUCAGUGUUAUUGACUUGCAUUUUGUUACUGUAAUUCUAUCCACUGUGUACACAGUUGUUAGUUUUAUGGAAGAUCUUAAGAAUGUGUGUUUGUUUUUUCCUAAAUGUAAGAAUUUUGUAUUGCCCUUUGAGGCUUAUUUAUUUAAACAGCAUUGCUAAAAGCUGUAUGAAACAGUUUCAGUUUGAACAGUGAAGUACUCUAAAUAAACUGAGUCACAGCUUAUGUUUUUACCUA